AUAAAACUCCUGAGCUGGAGGUCAACCCGGAACAUUAAGGCGCAGCGUAAUGGAUUCACUCUCAUCUCCUCUCAUGUAAUUCAUUGACUCACUUCAAUGGGUCAUUCAUCUCAUUUUCUUCUGUCAGUCUGCUUCUUGUGAAUCUGAAGAAAGGAGCUGAAGAACUGAAUUGUUUCGAGCUCCUCUAAGGACUACAGGACGAUGCUCCUCUUGAUGUUGAGGGAGAAGCCACAGAGGCUGCGCUAGCAGCUGAGCCGACUCAGCCACGCCUUCCAUCUGUAUCUGAGAAAUUGGGCAAAAUCUUGCUGCCGGACUUCCUAAAGCCGACUGCCGUUGUUAUGAUCUAUUAUCGUAAACUGGAGUAUAAACAUUACAACCUUAGAAGCACUCUGACUGAGUGCCCCUGAUCUGGAAAUUUGAAGAUCUUCAUUUGUUGUACUCAAAGUGAAAGAACUUUAUCUGAAGAUUCAUCGUGGUCCCUUCUUGGCCUACUUCUAAUCCGGAAAACAAAGUCCCUGCUCCUGCUGCCCGGUUGAAAUACAAGCCUCUGGGCUUUGUGAGUAUGGAGGUCUUACCAGGAGUGUCGUUGGCCGCGCCGACUGGUCUGGCGGCUGCGAGCGAAGAAGAACCUUCUGGAGAAGUAGCUGCUAAGAAAGAAAGCGUCCCAGAGAUGUUGGGAAACUUCAAAAUCACCAAAAUGGAAGUGCCGGAAGUGGUGUUUUUUCUUGCUACUUUAUCUGCAUCUGCUUACUCUACUAAUGGCACCAAUUACAAAUCCAGUGGCACCAGUUCUUCGAAUUCGAUCUAGUACACACACACACACACACACAACAGUUGUAUGCGCAUGUCUUCAUCCUAUUGUAGAGUAGAUAUCAAUCGAUCUUUCUUCACCUGUUUUCAUGACUCAUGAUCCUGAUCAAAUGCCUUAUGCAUUCUUCCAUCAGGGUCGUGCACCGGCUUUGGAGCUGCUUAGCAAAGAGCCCUUAGGCAAGGCUUUUUUGGAGCAAAGGCAAGGGGUCACCUUCAAGCCGGCGACCCUGCAACCUCUUCCAGCUGUGCCGGCGAUCAUACCCGCUCCCGCUGCUAAGACUGGCCCGGGUGGAGGACAAGAUAUGGCACUUCUACUUUUUCACGUUUUAGUCGUGAUGGUUUCGGUCCUUAUUGGUCAGGGGUUCAAGGCUGUUGGCCUUGGUCUUUGGUCUGUUGGCCUUGGCCUUGGUCUUUCUUGUGGGCCUGACCUUAUUGUAGAGCUGGGCGAGAAGAUAUUCAUGACCUCCAGCUAGAAAUCAAAGUUCUUCAUCUUCUAAUCUUAGUAUGGCAGCUUUUGUAGUCCGACCCAAAAUCGGUAUGGGAUACCAGCUAGUUCCCGGUCUCUGCCAUCGUGGUGCUGAGACGGCGGCCCAGACCCAACACCGUCGAACUGCUGAAACCGCUGCCCAAGCCAACUUCCAAAUCCGUCAGACCGUGAACAAAGUCAACCUCGAUUUUCAAAAAUUGAUGUACUUAUGACGGUAUUUUUCGGAUUGGGAAGUGAUCAUAGUGAAUGAAUGUUUGAGUUUCUUACCCAUCAUGGUCGUAGUCGUUAUAAUCCUCUUCCCCUCUUCCCCUCUGUGCGUUAAUGAUUAGUUCAUCAUCUUUAUGCAGCAGGGCUUGAGAAAUUCUUGAGCAGGUUACCUCCACUCCAUUUCUCCACUAUCCUUCUAAUCACCAAUGUUGGAGCAGGUUGCCUCCACUCCAUUUCUCCACUAUCCUUCUAAUCACCAACGUAAACGCUGGCGUGAACAAUCAGACUGUCCAACAAGCAGUCUUGACCCCCAAAGAAGGUGGAAGUGA